UCGACGUGUCCGAUUACACUGAAACACAAAAACGAUAAAAUAUGGAAUCGGUUCGAGUGGUUCAGAACGCGUUUAUUUAGUACUCGACUCGUCAGUUGUUGAACCGAUUUGUGUCAUUUUUAUUUUUCGUAAAAUUUGAAAAUGCCCGAAGAAAACAAACCGAAGGACCAGACGGGAUACAGUUAUCCAUACGAGCCGGUGUCCAAGUCGGAAAAGGCGAGUGCCGACGGACGUGUCGAGAUCAGUUUCGCUCACGUGGAGCAAGUUCCGGCGAGCAGGACGUUUUUGUACGUCGCGGCAUGCACAGGAAAUCUAGCUGCAUUCGCGGCAGGGAUAACCCUCGGAUGGACCUCACCUGUAAUACCGAAACUCGAGUCCCCUUCUCAGACCCCUUUAUCCGAAGUGAUUUCGGCAAGCGACAAAGGGUGGAUCGGGUCCCUUUUGCCCCUGGGCGCUGUCCUCGGACCCUUUAUAGCCGGACCGUUGGCGGAGAAAAUCGGACGAAAACGAACGUUACUGUUCGGAAAUCUUCCUUUGGUCCUUGGACUAAUAAUUAAUCUAACCACUUCUAGCUCAGUUUACUGGUUAGGAUCCAGGUUUUUAUGCGGGGUAUCUGUCGGGCUAACUUUUACGGUUUUACCCAUGUACGUGGGAGAAAUAGCCGAGGACGACGUUAGGGGGGCUUUAGGAACCCUGCUACAACUAUUCACCGUUAUCGGACUGCUAUUUUCUUAUGCCGUGGGGCCUUAUAUGAGCGUUACGAUGUUCAAUGCGGCCUGUCUAGUGAUCCCGAUAGCAUUUUUGCUGACUUUUACGUUAUUCGCACCCGAGAGCCCCUACUAUUUGCUUCAGGGGGGCCAACAGGAGGCAGCCGAGGCAGCUUUAAUGAAGUUAAGAGGGAGAAGUUCGCCGGAACACGUGAAAAACGAACUGGAAACGAUGAAAAGUGCCGUGGAACACUCUUUGGCUAAUAAGGCGGGCUUCAUGGAUAUAUUUAAGUCCAAGGGGUUGACCAAAGCGUUUAUAUUGGCCAACGGAUUGCUCGUGUUCCAACAAGUUUCCGGUAUUAAUGUGGUGCUGUUUUUUGCCCAGACCAUUUUCCAGGAUGCCGGAGUGUCUCUUGCUCCAGAAAUUUGCACCAUCAUAAUCGGAAUAGUCCAAGUGAUCUCCAGUGGGGUGGCUUCAGUGUUAGUAGACAGCCAAGGCAAAAGACUACUCCUGAUGGUUUCCGCGUUGGGGAUGGCCAUUUCCCAAGGCGCUCUGGCCUACUUUUUCCAUUUAAAAGACGACAAACACUCGGACGUGUCCGCUCUUUCCUGGCUACCGAUUCUUUGCCUGAUUUGCUACAUUAUCGCGUACUGUUUGGGCUUCGGACCCAUCCCGUGGGCCGUAAUGGGCGAAAUGUUCCCAGCUAAUGUUAAGUCCGUUGCAUCAACGGUGACCGCGGCCAAUUGCUGGUUCUUCGGGUUCAUUUUGACGAAAUACUUCUCGGUGGUGGCCGAAUUAAUCGGGAAAUCUGGAAGUUUCGGAUUGUUUGGAGGGUGCUGCGCGAUAGCGUUAGUGUUUGUUUAUAAAUGUUUGCCCGAGACCACCGGGAAGAGUUUACAAGAGAUCCAGGACAUUUUGAACGGGAAUGAUACGGCAGCAACCCAAGAAGAGUAGAAUUAUUUACAAGGAAAAUAUAGUAAGACACUUAAUUAAUAAAAUUUUUUACUGUUUUAUAAACUAUUUAUACAAUAUGAAUAAAUGUUAAAUAUUA